UCGGUUGGUCGAACCAUAUAAAAGGUUACUUUUAACCAUUUUAAUAGGUUGCAACAACGUCACGAAAGUGGUUGCAAAUAACAUGUCUACAAUACUACGAAUAGAAUUAUAAAUUUAAAAAUAGUUUUGCAGCUGCAGUUGAAUUGGGUUUGUUUACUGUAUUUACAGAUUAUAGUUGGGGAUUUUGAUCCAUUAUACACAAGAUAUCGAUUUUGUGAUUGAUUAUGUUGUUAUAUAAUAUUAUAAUGUAGAUAAUUAUUAUUGUCAUAUGGAGUAUGGACGGACGUAUGGUGAUUACUGUUUAUAGUAUUUGUUAUUCCCCGUCUACCAAUACAUCCUAGUACCUAUUUCACAUUUUGAUUUUCGACUUCUUUGGUCAUUGAGUGUAUAGUAGUGUACACUAUUCAUACGUGCUACGUGCGACGUGCCUACGUCUAUAUAAUACAUAUAUAACAGAUGGACUGUAUGUAUUAAAUAUUUUAUUAUUUAAUCAUGGAUAAUUUUGUUGUAAAGAACUUAAAUGAACUCAACAUUCCGCAAAGUAUUGUUCAAGAAUUUAUAGAUCAAGGAGUAGAUGAAGAAGCUUUCCGAUGCUUAACUGAAUCUAUGGUGCGAGAGCUUUGUCUACCUAUGGGUCAUCGAGCCAAAAUAGUAAAAAGAAUUUCAGAAUUGAAGUCGGAGUUAUCAUCUAAUGUCCAAAAUUCAUGUAAUUCUUCUUCGGAGACCUCUGUUUUUAAUAUUUUAACUGAUGGUAAUUUGAGUCAUGUAAAUGAUAUACUGAACUCCCAUGAAGCCUUGCAGACAAAUUUGGAUGAUUCAAGUAUAGAAAUUAUCAAUCAAGAUUUUUCAACGCUUGGAAACUGUAUUACUGAUAAUAAAACUAGCCCCUGCUAUACCAACAAACAUUUCACCAGCUUCAUUGAUACCUCUGCUAGGACCAGCUUUAUUGAUACUCCUAGCACCAGCCUUAUUGAUACUCCUAGCACCAGCUUUAUCGAUACUCCUAGUACCAUUCAUAAUGUUGAUGUGAAUGUUAAAAAAAAUAUAAUCAACACUACAUCGUUAAAUACAUCAAUUAAUUUAAAAUCUAUUUUGAAUAGUUAUCAUGAAGGCAAACUCAUUUUAGAUAAUUAUUUAAAGAAUAAUGAAUUAAAUGGAUUGUUGAGAAAUAAAUUAUCUCAUAUAAUAGUAACGCAUUUCCUCAAACAAAGUGAAGACAAAAAAAUAUCUACUGAAAAAUUAAUUGCAGUAUCUUUAGAAAUUUGUUCUGUAUUUCCUCAAGAACAUAAAGAGACAUAUUAUACUCCUUACAAAAAAGAGGCAAAUUUAGUAUCGCCAGCUAGAGGAAAGUUGUGGGAUAAGUAUAAUAAUCUCAGAAAAGAAAUUAGGAAAACAAACCAAAGAUUGACUAAAGAGAUUACUCCUGAAAAUAGUUUUAUACCAAGUGAAGAAUUAGCAGAUGAUAUAAUAUGGCUCAAAAAUAAUAUAUCACCUUGGAGUAUUGUUGAAAACAAAUGGCUUAAAACAUUUCAAGAAAGAUAUAAUUAUUUAUUAAGUGAUGAUACAAAUAGUUGUUAUCUAUCAGUCUAUCCUCCAUUAAAAAGUCCACUUGGAUUCACAUUGAUUGAUCUGGAUUUUAGUCAGUUAUACCCCCAAAAAACACUGAUACUUUUUACUAAAUUUGAAACUUUAAAAAACAAAUUAUUAAAUUAUAUAAAUAAAUAUAAUAUUAAAGGAAUUGAUAGUAAUUUGAUAGAUGCGAUCAUAAAUCCUCCAGAUUCUGGUAUUGACACAGUUGCUGCUCUAAAAGUUCUGGUAGAAUUAUUUAAACCAAUAAAUAUAUCAAAAAGAACAUGUACUGGAUCAAAAAAAAAUUUUACUAGACCAUCUAAAUUAGAAAUUCAGCAAUCAUUCAUUUAUUAUGCAAAUACAGUGUCACAGUUGAAAGAAGUAGACGAUGAAAAAUGUAACAAAGCGUUAAGAACGGGAGAAAAACUACAACCAUAUAUAAUUUUUGUCGAGGCUGAUAGUCAGGUGACUUAUUUUUAUAUAGUAAUCAACAAAUUUUUUUAUAAAGUUGAGAGCGCAUUAAAGGCAAUUGAUAUAUGUUUUAAAUCUUUCUUCGUUUUCAAUUUACAUUAUACACCACAGUGUGAACAAAUUUGGUAUUUUAUACAAACAUUUUUCUAUGAAAUAACUACAAAGUUUGACAAAAAUUGUAGUCCAAAUGUCACUACUUUAAUUAAUGACUUAAAUAAGUGUUAAUUAACCAAAAUGUGUUAAUAAUUUUAAUUUUAACAGUUGCAAAUUUAAUUUUUUACUUUAAAGCAUUUAGCUUUUUAGUUAUUUGUUGUACUAAAAUUUAUUUUAAUUUUAAUUGUAUUUAAUAAAAACAAUUGUAAAAUGGCAUCAUGCUUUAUUUGUUUAGUUAGUGUAAAUUCUUUUAAAAAUCUUAUCAGGCAUAUAAAAUUAUUUCAUUCUUUUGAGAAUAUAAUAGAGUACAAAUGUAUAGAACCAUCAUGCGGAAGAAGUUAUAACUCUUUUGAUUCUUUCAGUAGACAUUUGUUAACUCAUACUUUAGUGAACCAAGAGUCUUCUAGCAAUUUACAUAUAGAACCAACAC